UGUCUGCAGUUGAGUCACAAUGGAUAAAGAACGGUGUCUGAGCAGGAUGUGUGCUGAGUCUCGGGCCCUGAGGCUGUCACAGGGUGAAACAGGGAGCAGCAGAAUUUGAAGGAACUCAGUCUGGAGGAAGAGGAACAGAGAAGAAGAACAGAGGAGAGACCCCCAAGACCAACUGAAAGUUAGUGGAACAGGAGUUUCACUCCCCGUUGGCUCCUGGUGUGAAGACCAGUGUUUGUGGCUGUGGAGCAGAGUGAGACGUGGGAAAGUCAGGACAAGUUUGCUGCUGUGGAGCCGCAGAGGGACAGAAACCUCAGGACUAAAUUUGAAAGGAAUAAUGCCGUAAGAAGAAAACUACAGAGUGUUUGAUUCACACAGCGGCCUGGGAGACACAUUUGUUUGACUGAUUUAUCUGAAAUGUACAACGCUACGCUCUCCGCUAACACCUUUGACCCACCCUGGGCUGGAAACAUCUCAGCCAACAGCAGCCCCAACUGCACCAAGAACGAUGGGUUCAAGUACCCUCUGUACAGCACUGUCUUCAGCAUCGUGUUUGUGGUGGGUCUCAUCACCAACGUGGUGGCCAUUUACAUCUUCACCUGCAGCCUGAAGCUGAGGAACGAGACCACCACCUACAUGAUGAACCUGGUGGUGUCCGACCUGCUCUUCGUCUUCACUCUGCCUCUGCGGGUCUUCUACUUCAUCAAUCAGAACUGGCCCUUUGGCAGCAUGCUGUGCAAGGUCUCCGUCUCCUUGUUCUACACCAACAUGUACGGCAGCAUUUUGUUUCUCACCUGUAUCAGCGUGGACCGCUUCUUGGCCAUCGUGCACCCUUUUCGCUCCAGGACACUUAGGACUAAACGCAAUGCUCGUAUCGUGUGCACGGCGGUUUGGGUUCUCGUUCUGUCAGGGAGCCUCCCCACGGGAUUUCUGCUGCAGACCACGUCCCAGCAGAACAGCCAAUCAAACGCUACCUUUUGCUUUGAAAACUUUUCCUCCAAACAGUGGAAAUCGCACCUGUCCAAGGUGGUGAUAUUCAUCGAAACUGUGGGCUUCAUCAUUCCACUGCUCCUCAACCUCUGUUGCUCUAUCAUGGUGCUGCAGACUCUCAGGAGACCCCAGGCCAUCAGUCACGGAGGGAAACUGAAUAAAACCAAGAUCCUGCGCAUGAUUAUUGUCCACCUCUUCAUCUUCUGCUUCUGCUUCAUCCCCUACAAUGUCAACCUGAUUUUCUAUUCUCUGGUUCGCACCAAGACUUUAAAGGGCUGCUCGGUGGAGUCUGUCGUUCGGACCAUCUACCCAAUAGCCCUGUGCAUCGCGGUGUCCAACUGCUGCUUCGAUCCCAUUGUUUACUACUUCACGUCAGAGACCAUCCAGAACUCCAUCAAGAGGAAGUCUCAGAUUGGCCGAACGUAUGAUGUCAAGUUCUCCGAUGCCCUCCAGUCAGAAACCACUUCUAACCUACAGUUUAAUCUGAGGAACCUGAAAGCUAAAGUCUUCCACAAUGAAUCAUCAGUUUGACUAUGACGGCGGUUUUCACACUCGGGUUUUAAAUGUAUUUUUACCACAGCAAAUUAAAACAAACCCCUGCCUGAAUGGUAUUUUUUGCCAGUGCUUUCUAAAGCACAUGCCAAAGAAGUAUUAAAGUCUGAUGUGGGUCUUCGUCUCAGGACAAGUGUCUGGAGCUGUCGCAGACAGAGUAUUAUCGCCACACAUUACUGCAGCCCUUUGUUCUCAUCUGUGGAUUUCUCACUCUAUUUAUUGCUUCUUAUUGAUUUUUCUGCCCCCUUUCCUGUGGAAAUUGUGUUAAGAAGCACAAAGACUCUGCCACUGACCUGGAAGGGAAUGUGAUGGCUGGACACUAAUGAUGCAGCAUGUGCCUGUGUAUGUGGACAUUUCUGUGGUAAAAGGUGGUGCUAACUUUAGAGUAGCUCUAUUAAGUUAAUGUUAAGGUAAGAAGGAUGUUUUGUGUAGGGCUCUCUGUUGUGAGGUCAAAUAAAAAGGGUCACAUGAGUGCCUUUUAUUGUCCUCCUCCUGGCAUUUUACUGUAAAUGUUACAAGUUAAUUGCUAUUUAAUGCACUGACAUGGAAUUCCAGAUACUGCACUCACAACACAGUGAUGAAUAAAAGUCAUGUACUGUCUAAAACCAA